UUCGUGCUUGUCGAUCAUGUAACUUUCUUAGCCCGUCUCUAUUGUGAACUUGUCGCCGCAGUGUCUCUAGCUAGAUAUCUACCUCUGCCGACCUUUACAUCUCUCUGCAGCUUAGUCAGCUUGCCGAUGAAGAUCCACGAAGCCCAAGAACCACGAAGAUGGAACUCUGCGACUGGGCGAUGGUAACAUCAGAUCAGCAGAUCAAAGACAGCCGCAGAGCAGAUAUCUCAUUAGGAACACAAGCAUUGCAUCGCAGGACGACUACGCCGCAAUAUCAAUACUAGAUGGACAUUUCCAAUUUGCGGUUGCGAGCUCCACAACAGCAGGCAACCGCGACACAACACCGUCAUCAGCAACAAGAAAAGCCUUCGCAUCUCCCACUGACGGCAUCACUAUCUCCGAGCAACGAUGAAUCCUCCAAAACCAAGAGGAAACGUGGCGAAUGGGGUCUUUUUCAUUGGUUGGUAGCAGUGGUGGCCGCUGUGAUAUUUUUCUACUUACUAGGGAGAGGGACUUUUCAGUGCAUUGAUUAUCUUGAGGAUGCCUACCACGACUUCUAUCGCCUCCCACAAAGCGACACGUAUGCUCCUAAACACAUGAUACCCUUAGCCGAUAUUCCAUCCAUUAAUUGGCCCGUCAUUACACGCUACUGUUUCCGACCUCACAAUGCGCGGAUAUUGAGAAGAGCAAAAGUGGCAAUUACUGAACUGGGGAAUGAACUUAGAGCCCUAUUAUCAACUCAGGAAAGAGGAAAGUCACACCCAAACAUCAUUUUGACGCCUUGGGACGAUGAGCAUGACAGAAAAAAAGAUGCAGGCAAGGAGGAAGUGAGACAGUUUCAAGAACGGCUACAUGCCAGUGCCAAGUGGUUAAAGGGAAAUCCUGAGACUGACCCAAAAUGGCCACUCUCUACGUUGCCCGCUCCCAUUUUGGGGCAAAAGGCUUUGGUCACCACAGGAGGUGACAAGCAACUGCACUAUCUCAAAACAUUCGUCUAUUCUGUACGGGUGAUACAUCAAUCCACAAUUCCCAUUCGCAUCGUGUAUAGGGAUGAUCAAGAUUUGACGGAACCAUCCAAGCAGCAAAUUCUGCAACAGGAAGCACAGCAACAAUCCGACGUUCAAUUCAUUGAUUUGUCGCAGUACUUUGAUUUGGACGUGUCCCAUAUAAAGGGGUGGAAUCUAAAGGCAUUUGGGAUAUUGGCAGUACCCGAAAUGGAAGUGGCAAUGCUGGAUGCAGAUGUCUUGUUGCUGCAGCCACCGGAGCGCCUGUUCCAAGCCGAGGGCUAUCAACGAACCGGCGCUCUGUUCUUUCAUGAUCGUGUCAAACCGCAAUUCUAUUGGGAUGUCCAUGCGUUUGUGGAAUGGUUGCAGCCAAAAGCGCUUUCGAACGAAAGAGUCCAAUCUCUGUUUCGGUACGGCAACCAUCACGGUAUUAUGGGUCUCUCGUACACAGAACAAAUCCAAGAGGCGGGGGUGUUACUCAUUGACAAGGCUCGUCGAGUACGCGGGGUUUGGGCGGCAUGUGUCAUUUUUGGACGAGAAGACAUCCGCAAGUACAUUCAAGUCGAUCACAUGUAUGGGGAUAAGGAAGUUCACUGGAGCGCCUUUGAGGCCAUUCGAAAUGCCAGUUCACAUCAGGAAUCGUCCAAUUACGAGUUCUCACGGUACUACCCAGGAGUUGUUGGAGGCACCGUGACGGACUUUGGCAGCAAGACCACUCACUUGUCAUUGGAUGCUUCACCGGACACGGAGCAACGAGUUCUGAGCGAGUCGAUUGCUUCCCAGUAUGCCCUUUGCGGACGACUCGUGCAUUUUGAUGACAAUGGCGUUCCUCUUUGGACGAAUGGGGGCUACAUGUUGAAGGAAGAUGAUUGGUUCAGUUCGGCGUCCAUUUCUCAAUCGGCCACAAAUCCUGUCUGGUUCAUUGACGGUGGCCAAGAGCAAGAGGCAGGAAGUAUUCCCAAUCCCUGGCUGCCUUGGUGGCGGAAUCUCCUUCAAUGGUACGGCACUUUGAAGGGACAGAAUCAAGUUUGGGCAUUGCACCAUGCCAUGGGAGUCGAAUGCUUGUCCCCAAAUUCGCGGCAAAUGCGCCCUGUACCGACCGAAAUGGCGGACAAGGCACGGCGAGCCGUGAGGCAUUACUUUGAGCAAAAGAAGCAACAGCAGCAGAAACUACAAACAGAACAAGGAAAAGGAUAGCUGCAAAACGGUGUUGCACGCUUCGAAUACGUCGGCGCGCUUGAGUCGAAACUACGUCUUGUUCACUACUCGAGCUAGCUACCUUGCCUUACACAAACCUGAAACAUACAAGCAAGAAGAAUGUAUCUUCGGUUCUUUGGCUAAGUCAAGGAUCCAAUCCCUGCUUUCAUGGCCUGCUGGGACAUUCGAAAGGCUCCCUUGACACCCACAACUGCAGCCGUCGUUGUUGGCUGCUGGUCUUCCUCUAUCGCCGACACCAUGUAUUCUGCCAAGCGUCGACCGCUUUCCCAGGCUCCGCCUAUCGACGCCUCGAGAAGCCAGUCACCGCACACUCCGACAUUGUGGUCGCCAUCAUGAAGGAACCCCGUGCUGCAUUUGCUGUUGUCGGCAUUGCCUUGUUGCUCCCACACAUUGACUGGAACAGCUGCUCCCCAUAAUUGCAAUCGGCUUUCCAAGACAGAAUCGAUAAUGGUAUUUGUUUCCACGUAGAGGCUCUUUUCGACUCCCUGCAAGAGAAGUUGGGUGACAUUUUCAACCACGUCAUUAGGCAAGAACUCUUGUGGUGCCUUGUGCUUUUUGGCAAACGGCGCGGACGAAAGAACGGUCCAGACCUGAACUUCCUCAUCAGGCUUGUCUUGCUGAUAUUUGCGUGUUUGACACGAUAAGAACCUAAGGGUUGGUUCGUUUUGGACGAACCCACAGUAAAACUUGUUGUUGGGCAAUACCUGAUCCAACAUGUUGUUUUUGGGCAAGGCAAAUGUCAAGGAAUAGAUCGAGUUGAGCGUCAUUCGCUUGCCACCUUGAGGUGGUACUCGUGGCGCAAAGUUGACUCGCAGUAGAUUGUGUAUCUUCUUGGCGGGUGUUUUAGACAUGAUUCGGUCGGCGCAUUUGCCAUUAUGGGCAAUGACGAUUCGAUCGAAUAUUCCCAGAGUCUGGCCAUUGGCUUGGAGCUUCCACUUGUUAUUGCUGUUCUGAUAGCGUACUCCAUUCGAGGGUGAUACCCAAACGUCUUGCUCGAGACUGGCACGUGAAUCUUUUUGGAUGGCCAAGGGAAUGGAUCCCAUGCCUUCGGUUCCAUAGUACAUUACAUUUUUCUUGCUGGUAUUAAUGGGUCUUACGGCAAAUCCUCCUGACUUCUUGUCAUUUUGUUGUUGCUGUUUUCCUCGCUGAUAGUUCUUGUCUGCAAUGUUACAGACGGUUCCUUCAGGAUAUUUCGAGAUGAUGCCCUCUGUUUCCCACUCCUCCACUUGUCUUUGAAAUUCUGGAAACUGGCGGGGAGCCACCAAGAUUUGCGCGGCGUGAUCGAAAAUGGAGGACUUGAGAUACUUGUAGGAUCUUGAAUCGUCGUCUGCCGGUUUAUCCGUUGGCCAUCGCGAGGAACAUCGUCCUCCUGGACGCAGUCGCCCCGUAUCAAAAACGGUCGGUACAAACCGGUUGUUGGCCGCAAGAAAUUUGGCACAGGUCAAACCGGCAAUGCCUCCUCCAAUCACCGCCACCGAUUCUGGUUGCCGAUAAGGUGAUGAUGAUGAAGAAGGUACUGAGGUCCCUGAAGAUGUGGUAGAUGAGAUGGAAGCAAACGGUUUGGCAGCCUGUAAGGCUCGUCCUCGCGCUUGCUUUGAACCCGUCAUGGUGCUUCUGAUGUUGAAUGGAACAGGAGAAAACGCAGCUGUAGAUGGGAGUUGUGCCGUCACCACUAGACGCAUCAGCAGCACCCACAAGAGAGAGAUAUUGGAGCAGUGCAAUCGUCGGUUCAUUUUACUUAUCCCUAUCUUAUCAACGGACGUCGAGACCUGACUUUGAGUCUCCGUCUUCUAAAACUAAAUGUAUGAUAUGUGGCAACGAUCACUUUGAAACCUUGACGUGAGAGCUGAGUAACUUCAGUCCCUGACGAACGCCACUGACGAAGAUUUUCAUCCAUGCGAAGAAUAUCUUUGCAAGAAGUGCCCGCGCACUCCAAACCUCAGAUAUAAGAAAGUUCGAAGUAUGCAUACUGUAAAAGUAGGAGUAUGGCAGCAUUGGGGCUUUCUUGCUGGCAGCUACCAGGUACCGGUCAUUCUCAACACUCAUUUCAAACUUACCAAUCAAGCAGAUAUCAAUACAAGACCUUCUUACUAAGCUUCUGGAUCAAACAGGUUAUACAUAUGCAUAGUAUUUGGAUACACUCACUACCUGGGUCUUUUGGUCCAACUUGCUCAGGACUCCUCUUAAUUGGUUUGGAUCAACUACUAGCUAGAGAUGGUGACACUGUGUACGCAAAAAAAAAUGCAGAUUUAGGCACAAGUAAGUUUGGAGAACUAGUUUCAGGUCUCAAUAACAAGUCUUUGAUAUCUCAUCAAGAGAUUCUUUUCUCGGCCUGAGUUCUGUAGUCAUUGGCUCAAUAAAUUAAAACAGG